AUGGACGAGAACGAAGAUCAAUGUAUGCAAGAUCAAAGAUCCAUAUGGAGGGAUCAAAAGCGACGACAGAGAAAAUCGCUCACCCCAGAACAAAUAGAUCGUCUAAAUACCAAACGAAGACUCACUUAUGCCUCUGAAAACGAAUCAAAUGCUAUAGCAUCCCCUGAGAGUCAACCCCAAAGGCCAUGUUCAGAAGGGCCUAUGAUUGUUAACAACACUCCCAACACUUUGGGAGCUCGAAGGGCUAUGGCAGACAUCACUAAUCGUGCCAAUAAUGUCACGACAGGAUGUGAAAGACGUGAACUGCAACCUAUUGAUGAACUUCGUUUACUCGAUACUCGGGCAAAUCUAGAAAAUCGAUUUUUUAGCGUCGGUGAAGGUAGGGCAACAAAUCUGACAAUAUCAUACCCAACAUCAAACUCAAGAGAUAUGCCCAAUCGAUUCUUUUGUGUUGGCGAGAGCAGUACAGCCAAUGCACAUAUACCAGACCCUACUUCAGACGAUGGAGACAUGCCGCAUUUUGUUGAGGCGGAGAAUGAAAUACGCAUUCCGGGCCUAUUAUUCAAUGUCGGUGAAUGUCAUGCAGUCGAAACCAACAACAUAUCAAACCCUAUCUCUGAUGAUAUAAGGGUUUGGACAGUAGGGAGAACUGGUUACAGAAAUUGUGCAAGAAAUUACCACGAGAGUCAUGGGGUUCCUAUAUUCAGUUUGCCAUCCAUGAAAACAUGUCCACAUUGCCAGGCACGCCUUUUCCAUUGUGAAUCUACUGAACUAUGUUGCUUAAGCGGGAAGGUUAACUUACCUGAUUUUCCAUUGUCCGCUGAUAUGCUUGAUCUAUAUUCUGAUCAAUCGGAAUAUGGGACUCAUUUUAGGCAAAAUAUUCGUAAAUACAACCACGUAUUUUCAUUCACUUCAAUGGGAGUUCAUUUAGAUGACGAACUAGCAAAUGCACGUCAAGGCGUGUACACAUUUCGUGCACAAGGUUCAAUUUACCAUCGCAUUGGAGGUUUCUUACCUUUGAAUGCAGAAGAUCGUCCCCGGUUUCUUCAACUCUACAUUUACGAUACUGAGCAUGAAAAUGAAAAUCGUGCAGCCGAGAACUCAUCAUUGCGGCUCGAAGUCAUCGACAGAAUCAAGAAUAUUUUGAAUGCUCACAAUCCUUUUGUCCACAAUCUUCGUCAUCUUGCUCAGCGUAGUGACUUAAAUGAUUGCAAAUUUGUCAUCAAAGAGCAACCUACAAAUAAACAUCAAUACUCAAUGCCGACAGCUUCCCAAGUAGCAGCAAUUGUCGUUGGCGGUGAUGACAUUUCCAACUUGAAAGAUAGGGAUAUCAUGAUAGAGUCAGUAACUGGGCAACUGAGUUAUAUCAAAGACACUGCCGGUUAUUAUGACCCAUUGCAGUAUCCUCUACUUUUUCCUUAUGGUUCUUACGGCUGGGAUUUAAACAGUCGAAGUUCCACUGGUAAAAAGUUGACAUGCCGGGAAUUCUAUGCAUACAUGUUUCAGAUGCGUCAAAAUCUUGAUUCUCUAAUCUUGAGAGGCGGUCGUCUACUCCAACAAUUUGUUGUCGAUAACUGUGUAAAAAUGCAAGCCAAUAAUUUGAGGUGGAUUGCACUCAACCAAGAUAAGAUACGUGCUGAUUUAUACAAGGGUUUAGAGGAUUCUUUACAUGCUGGAGAGCAUAACACAGAAAAUGUUGGACGACGGACCAUACUACCAUCUUCAUUCGUAGGAAGUCCAAGAGAUAUGCACCAGAGGUAUCAAGAUGCCAUGGCAUUGGUUCAUAAGUUCGGCAAGCCCGAUUUAUUUCUUACAAUGACAUGCAAUCCGUCUUGGCCAGAGAUACAAUCAGAAUUGUUGGCCGGACAAGUACCAAACGAUCGUCCAGACCUGUUGACACGGGUUUUUCAUGCUAAACUUGAAGAGUUGAAAAAGGAUGUUUUAGAAAGGGGCAUCCUCGGAACGGUUGUUGCUUAUGUAUAUGUGAUUGAAUUCCAAAAGAGGGGUCUUCCGCAUGUUCAUAUGUUAUUGAUUCUUGAUCAGAAUGACAAGCUAACCACUCCGGAUGACUUUGACAAGAUUGUGAGAGCAGUAAUUCCCGAUGAACAAGUGGAACCAAAAUUGUAUAAGGCAGUUCUUAAACACAUGAUUCAUGGCCCAUGUGGUGUUCUCAACCACAAAUCCCCAUGUAUGAAACAAGGAAGUUGUAAGAAAGGAUUCCCCAAGGAAUUCUCCAAUGAUACAAAGCAAGGCAAUGACUCAUAUCCUCUUUAUCGACGUCCACAAGAUCGUCCAGCAGUACCAUUGCGUGAAAAUUCACGAGUUCGUGUAGAUAAUCGGUGGGUAGUCCCAUAUAAUCCAUUUUUGCUCCUAAAAUAUGAUUGCCACAUAAAUAUUGAGAUAUGCAGCAGCAUCAAGUGUGUCAAAUAUCUGUAUAAGUACAUCCAUAAGGGUUCAGAUAGAGUCUCUAUGGAAGUUCAUAACGGAGAUGAGAUUGCACAAUAUGUUGAUGCACGGUGGAUUUGUGCACCCGAAGCUAUGUGGAAACUUUACAAAUUUCCCAUGACUAGAAUGUGUCCUUCCGUAGACCGUUUGCAGCUUCAUUUGCCAAACAUGCAUCAAGUGAGGUUUGAAGCGAACCAACCAAUCUCAAGCGUGUUAGAGAACCCAAGAAACUCUAAGACGAUGCUCACUGAAUUUUUCAAGAUGAAUUCGAUUGAUCCAAAUGCAAGGAGAUAUCUUUAUCGAGAAUUUCUAGAGCAUUACAGGUGGUUAUCGACUUCACGUGAAUGGCAAAAGAGAAAAAGUUCACAACGGGUUUUGGGUCGAUUGUAUGUAGCUUCACCGUUGGAAGGAGAACGGUUUUAUAUGAGAAUGUUACUCAAUCAUGUGAGGGGGCCUACGUCGUUUGAACAUUUAAGAACGGUCAAUGGUGUCAUACACCCAACAUUCAGGGCUGCAGCUGAAGCCCUCGGUCUAAUCGAAAAUGAUGAAAGCAUUCGUCAAUGUCUUUCAGAGGCAUGUUCGGUACGAAUGCCAACUGCAUUACGUCGAUUAUUUGCAACCAUCUUGAUAUAUUGUCAACCAACAGGAUUGCGUUCACUGUGGGAUGAGUUUUUCCCUUACAUGGUUGAGGAUUAUCCAACUUCCAACACAACAAACAAUUGUGUUUUUCUCACUAACAAACUUUUGCAAGACUUGGAUAGGUUAUUACGACCGCUAAGAAAAAAGAUUUCUGACUACACGGAGUUACCAAGUUUACCUGAGAGUACUGAUGACAUAGACGAGCUUCCUUCUAUCAUAGAGGAGUACUUUUCUAUUCCGGUUCCAGAUGAGGAUUUAGCAUGUGUUGCCACUCUCAAUAGUGACCAACAAAUUGCAUACGAUACAAUAAUGAAUGCUGUCAUUUCAAAGGCUGGUUGUUCUUUCUUUGUUGAUGGUCCUGGCGGCACCGGAAAAACAUUUUUAUACAGAGCCCUUCUUGCUACUGUAAAAAGUAGAGGCGAAAUAGCUAUUCCCACUGCAACAUCUGGAAUUGCAGCAACGUUGUUGCACCAGGGAAGAACAUCACAUUCAACUUUUCAGCUUCCACUUAAUCCAGAUAGCUCAUCAACUUGCUCAUUCACCAAACGUUCUAAAACUGCAAUUCUCCUAAAAAAUUCUUCCAUUAUCGUAUGGGAUGAGGCCCCAAUGACACACAGAUAUCAAUUUGAAGCUGUUGAUCGGUCACUCAAGGAUUUAAUGGGGAACGACUUGCCGUUUGGGGGGAAAAUUAUUGUGUUCGGUGGUGAUUUCAGACAGGUUUUACCGGUGGUUCGAAAUGGAACUAGAGCUCAAAUGAUUGACGCAUCUUUUGUCAGGUCCCCUAUGUGGAGACACAUUCGUAUUUUGCAUUUGAGAGAAAAUAUGAGAUCAAUUGAUGAUAACGGCUUUGCUAAUUUCUUACUCUCUGUUGGGAACGGUAAUGAACCUACUGUUUCAGAUCAGAUGAUAAGGUUACCGACUGGCAUGAUUAUACCAACAGUGGCAGAUAGUUCGAUCGAGGCUUUGAUCGACCAGGUCUUUCCAAGUUUAAGUGAGCACGUUGGUGAUGGAAAUUUUAUAGUUGAAAGGGCAAUCAUCACACCUCUAAACGAAGACGCUGAUAGGAUAAAUAAUAAGGUUGUCGAAAAGUUUCUCGGAGAAGGAAAAACGUACUAUUCGUUUGACUCUGUUCCUGAAGAUAAGAGAAAUUUGUAUCAACAAGAGUUUUUGAAUUCGAUUUCUGCGUCGGGAUUACCUCCUCAUGCUCUCACCCUGAAACCUGGGGUACCUUUAAUGCUUUUGAGAAAUAUUGAUCCUAAAAAUGGUCUUUGCAAUGGAACACGGUUGCUUUGCCAUUCAUUAAAGGAAAAUUUCAUUGAUGCUGAGAUAUUAACCGGACAUUCUAGGGGAAACAGAGUGUUUUUGCCAAGAAUUCCCUUGAAAACUGCUGAAGAUAUAAAAUUGCCAUUCGAGAUGGUCAGAAAGCAAUUUCCUGUGAAGUUGAGUUUUGCCUUGACUAUCAACAAGUCUCAGGGACAAACUAUUCCACAUGUUGGCAUAUACCUCCCUGAUCAUUGUGUUACGUCAGCGAUGACAGAGUACCAUUAUCCAACUUUUGAACAUUUAUAUCCUAGCGGGGUACAACGAUAUGAUGUACGAGCCCGACUAAUUCGUAAUUAUGAUAUUUUCAACUACAACCACAAAGGAACAACUAAGAAAGCAUGGAAAAUGCUUUUUGUCGAUGUUGAGGGUGAGGGCAUAAAGUGCAAUAUUUACGAGCCCGCAAUUGAAAAGUUUAUAGGACGGUUUCAAGAGGGAUUCAUUUAUAUACUCCUUGCUGUACAAGUGAUAUUUGCUGAAGGGAAAAACAAAAUUGUCCCCAAUUGGAAACAGAUGAUCAUUAAAGAAGAAACAAAUGUGAUACGUGAAGAGGAGGAUGACAUUUCCAUACCUUCAUUCCACUAUAAUUUGGUUCAUUUGAACAGAUUAAGUUGUCACAUCGACUGUACCAGUAGAGUUUAUGAUGCAAUGGGAUUGGUCCUAUACGUUUCACCAAUUGAGAAUAUUGGUGUAGAUUCAUUCAAGCGAGACGUGGCAAUAAUGGAUACAACCUGGACUGUUAUUAAAUUAACACUUUGGAAUGCUUUUGCGCACGUUCUUGAUGAAAAUCUUAAUCAUGUUGAGAUUUGUCCAAUCAUUGUAGCAUGUGGUCUGCAUGUCAAGAGCUUCUAUGGUACAUAUCUUUCCACGGGAUACUACACUAGGAUUUAUGUUAACCCAGUUAAUGAAAAAACAACAUCCUUAUCUACAUGGUAUACAUCGGAAAAACUGGCAAGGAUAAGGAGAGAUUGGUUUCGUUCAUCGACUUUUUCGCUAAAGUCAUCGAUUGAUAUUUCUAAUACUCCCCGUAUCCGAUUAUCUCAAUUUCCAACUGUGAGAAAUGUACAAUACUGUCGAGUUGCCGCAUAUGCAUGUCGUGUUGAUGAUGUUAAUAACGUCAUUUAUGAAGCAUGCAAUCGUUGCCUAAAAAAGGUUGCCAUUUUUCAAGGACUAUUAAAAUGUCAAUCUUGCAAUAUCAACAACACUGUAACUAUCCCAAGGUUGCUGCUUCGACUUACCAUAUUUGAUAAAAGUGGUAAUUUGAAAGUCACGAUAUUACACGAUCUUGCACAAUACCUUUUAGGUUGUUUAGCUACUGAAGUAAAAUCAGUACUUCAACAGCCUAACGGACGUAAUCGAGUGAUGGAAAAAGUAUUUGCAUGUUUCGGAAACAGAGCUUUUUCAUGGGUGCUACAUCCACCAACUGGAGCUUUUAAUCCUGAACAUUCGUAUACGGUUGGUUAUGUGUUACAUAUCGAUUGGGCGGAGGAGUGCAUGUGGUUAAACAAAUAUAUUGCGAGCAAAAGAAGAAAGUGAUACUCGCUAUUUUGUAUGUUUAAUAACUAUAAGUUUAGUACUUCAAAUUUGGUUUUUCGAUGGGAUGUGUUAGUUGUAUCAAAAUAAUGUUAAGUUUUUUAAAUAGCUUUAAUUGGUCAUAAGAUUCGAUCAUUCGUCAUGUAAAGCUACGAGUAUUAUAUGACCUCAAUAUCACAAAAUAUGGACUUUGCGAAUGAUUUUUAGUG